AAUCCUUUUCUUGACCACUUCCUUGAAGUAUAUAUUCUUUGGAAAAUACCUCUCUUUACAAAAGAUUUUGAUUCCAUUCAUUUGGUAGGGUUGAGUACAUUAACUUGAUUCUUGUGCCGUCCAAUUUUUAAUAUAUGCUCUGCAAUUUUGAUGUCCCUUCGCUUCUUUAUUUUAUAAAUUCUCAUUUCUUGCACUUUUGGUUCAGUUCCUUCCUUCUUGUCAACAUUUUCUAAAGCUUAGUGAGAUCUAUAUCACUUCAUUCCUUCACGGCUACUUAUUAGUUUUUCUCCUCUCAAGAUGUCGACUAAUAAACCACAUCAUGAGGCAAUUUCAAAAGAUGUGGAAAAGAAACAGGAAACACUCACGUGGGUGUUUAAACCAACGGCGCUUAACAUCGUAUGGGGAAAUGACCCUCGCUAUUGGAGGAUGCCUACCGGGAAGGAUAGUGCAGCAGAGUUAUUGCAGGUGUGUUGGCUUGAAGUAACAGCCUCAAUCAAUGAUCAAGAAAUAGUGAAAGGUAGGACCUAUGAGAUUAGGUUUCAUGUAGAGAUGAAAGAAGAAGCAUUUGGGUGGAAUGGGUGUCCUGUUUUUAUGAUGGCAAAGAUAGGGAAGAAUGGAAAAUACAAGUGGAAAAGGAUUAACUUAUCAAACAAUUACGAUAACAGCUUCAAGAAGAAAUAUCCUGAGAUUGCUAUGGAUAUUCAAGUUGUAGAUGAUCGUGACAGAACUCUGUAUUUUGGCUUGUAUGAAGUGUGGACUGGCAGAUGGAAGGGAGGUUUGGCAAUUAAUAAGGUCGAAGUUAGAGCCAUAUAGAAUAAUUCCUAUGUUCCUAUUUUAUAACUCUAAUGUAAUCCAAUCAUUUUGGUGGAUAUUGUAUUUCACCUAAAGGGGCCAAAUAUUAACAAUAAUAUAUUUGGAGGUGUCACAAUUUGCAAUAAUUUAAUGUUUCAAAGUAUUAUUUUUGUUAAUGAAUAUAUAUAUUUUUU